UUUAGCUUUAAAAAUUAUAUAUAUCAAAUCCUCUAGUAGGAGAAAGAGAAUUUUAGGGAGAGGGACAUCAUCACAACUCAAAACCUUACCCCAGCAACCUCCCAAAGCUCCAGAAAACAGAGGGCCGUGCACAUUCACCCCGCUUCACGUGACACAAUGGCCAACCCACCCUUAAAAACAUCCCCCAUUCUCAUCGUCGGUGCCGGCGUCUUUGGCUUAUCAACAGCACUCUAUUUGCAUAGAUCCGGAUAUUCGAAUGUGACAAUCUUCGACCGUCAACCCUAUUUCCGCAAUGCCUACUCAACCUUAGAUGGCGCAGACGCAGCGAGCGCCGACAUAAACAAGGUCAUGAGACUAUCAUACGGGAAAGAACUUCUCUACCAGAAACUGGCAUUCGAAGCCAUUGAUAUCUGGAAUGAGUGGAAUCAGUCGAUCGCAAAGUCAAAGCAAGAAGACCUACCGAGAGGCAUUGAGCAGGGGGACAAAAUAUGGAACAACUGUGGCUUUCUUCGACUGAGCAAGGACGGAAAGAUAAGCCAGUUUGAAGAAGAUACAUUGGAGAGCCUAGAGAGAGAAGGGCUGCGCGAUACACAAUAUGUGAUCGGGGAUGCCAAUGACGAAAAGCGAGCACGUCAGUUUGGAUUGCAGAGAAGGUUUGAUCCCAUGGACUUACGAGCAAGGGAAGGGGCAUUGGUAGGCGUCUACGAUACACUAGGUGGUUUCGUGAACGCGAGCAAAGCUUGCACCUGGGUGUUGCAUUUGCUAUCCAAAACCAGCGUGAAGUUGAUCCUUGGGGGCGACAACGGUAGCGUCACCGGCUUCAUUCGAACAGCACAAGGCAAAACAGUCGGUAUCAACACUGCCGAUGGAAUCUCUCACUACGGGGAAUUAGUCUUGGUGGCAGCUGGACCUUGGACGCCAACAUUACUCCCCCAUGUUGCAAAUAUGUUAGAAGCCACGGCUGGGAGUGUGGCAUACAUACAACUACCGCCAAAAGAGGAAACACCGGACCUUUGGACGAAAUAUGCCCCCGAAAAUAUGGCGGUUUACUCUUGGGGCGGCUGGGGCAAGGGUAGUGGUCUCGGUGGAUUCCCACGAAGCGAGAGUGGUGUUAUGAAGAUUGGAUAUCGAGGAACUAAAUAUACCAACUACAUGAUGGUGGUGGAUGAACGGGCGGGUAAGGUUCGAAGCGUCAGCCAACCGGUAACCGCAUCCUGGCCAGAGAAGCGAGAGGAACAAAUAACGAAGCAAGCCGUUGAUGCCAUAAAAGGUAUGGUCUGCGACUUGUUCCCCGAUUUGAAGUCAUUUGGAAUCUCCAGUGUAAGGAACUGUUGGUAUACCGACAGCCUAGACAAUAAUUUUGUUAUGGAUAGGGACCCAGAGGACGAGGGUUUGAUGGUCUGUUCUGGAGGCUCUGGACAUGCAUUUAAAUUCUUGCCAAUCCUGGGACGCGAGGCCGUGAGGAUUAUCGAGGAGCCAACUACGAAGAACGAAUAUGGGAAUUUAUGGAGAUGGCGGACUAUAUUCGAUGAUCUUAAGAAUGGGUUGGAGGAAGGCGAGACCGGGCCGAGAGUUUGGGCAAAGCAGAGAAUGGCUUCGAAAAAAGACUGGGAAUUCCAAGAAAGGGUUAAUUUAUAGUUACAUAUGUUAGGUUCGAAUCCCGGACGAUGAGUAUUGAAGUUUGUUACCAACACUUGUUUUACGCAUGACGCAACGUUUUGAAACAGUACAAAUAGGACCAUACAAGUCUUCAAAGUUCAUUCUUCGUGUCCACCUAAAGCCGCUAAACACACCCUUCAUCCAUAUUUUUCUUCAUUCCUUUCCCAACUUUCUUUAAACCCCCAUGUUGAUCUUGAUCGUCUUCGCCUGCAGAUACGACAUCAGCCCCUCCUUACCCAACUCCCUUCCGUUACCACUCUGUUUAUAUCCACCAAAUGGCGUGUUGUUAUCCGGAAGGAAGGGAGAGUUAAUGGCAAUCGUUCCUGCUUUAAUCUUGGAGGCAACACGGAGGGCGCGGGAUGUGCUUCCAGUGUAGAUACAAGCUGUUCAAUGUCAGUC